AUGGAGGCGGCGGGUGCGGUGCUGGUCCCGGGCGGCGGGAGCUGGGGGCCGGGCUGGCGCUGGCUCCCUACGGGCGUCGCCCUGCGCCCCAGAAACCUGAGCUACAACAAGUUGACGGAGAUUGAUCCUUCUGCCUUUGCAGGGCUGUCGGACCUGCAGGAAGUGCAACUGAACAACAACGAGCUGACUGCCAUUCCCUCCCUAGGACCCGCUGCUUCCAGUAUCCGCUCCCUCCACCUGCAUCACAACAGGAUCCACAGCAUUGAAGCGAGUCAACUGAAGCCCUACGUUACCCUGGAAACGUUGGACCUGAGUUUCAAUGACAUCACGGAAAUCCGAAACGGCUGCUUUCCGCAGGGACUUCACAUAAAGGAGCUCUACCUGGGGAGCAACAGAAUCAGCACCCUGGAGCCUGGUGCUUUUGAUAGUCUGUCACGGUCCCUGCUAACACUUCGUCUGAGUAAAAACAGGAUCACUCAGCUUCCUGUCAAGGCGUUCAGGCUACCAAGGCUAACGCAACUGGAGCUGAACCGGAAUCGCAUCCGCCUGAUUGAAGGCCUGACGUUCCAGGGACUGGACAGCUUGGAAGUCCUGAAACUCCAGCGCAACAACAUAAGCAAAUUGACUGAUGGGGCUUUCUGGGGUCUAGCCAAGAUGCAAGUUCUCCACCUGGAGUAUAACAGCCUGACAGAAGUAAACAGUGGCUCGCUCUAUGGCCUUUCAUCUCUGCACCAACUUCACCUCAGUAACAACUCCAUAUCCCGCAUCAAUCCCGAUGGCUGGAGCUUCUGUCAGAAACUGCAUGAGCUAAUACUCUCUUAUAACAACCUAACCAGGCUGGAUGAGGGAAGCUUAGCAGACCUCGGGGGGCUGCACAUAUUACGACUGAGCCACAAUUCCAUCAAUCAUAUUGCAGAAGGUGCCUUCAAGGGACUCAAAAACCUACGUGUCCUGGAACUGGACCACAACGACAUCUCAGGCACAAUAGAAGAUACCAAUGGAGCCUUUACAGGCCUAGAAAACCUCAGCAAGCUAACUCUGUUUGGAAACAAGAUCAAGUCGGUGGCCAAGAAAGCGUUCUCAGGGCUGGAGGCCCUGGAGCACCUGAACCUUGGGGAUAACGCCAUCCGCUCAAUCCAAGCAGACGCUUUUGCUAAGAUGAAGAGCCUGCGGCAGCUCCACAUAAACAGCGACAGCUUCCUCUGCGAUUGCCAGCUGAAAUGGUUGCCCCAGUGGUUAGUUGAGAAAGAGCUGCAAUCCUUUGUGGUGGCCACCUGCGCCCAUCCUGAGUCACUGAAAAGCAAGAGUAUUUUUGCCAUCGUGCCAGAAAGUUUUGUAUGUGCUGAUUUCCCCAAGCCACAGAUCAUUCUCCAGCCCGAGACAACAGUCGCUGUCCUUGGGAAGGACAUCCGUUUCACUUGCUCGGCUGCCAGCAGUAGUAGCUCACCCAUGAUGUUUGCAUGGAAGAAAGACAACGAGAUGCUGUACAAUGCUGAGAUCGAGAACUUUGCCCAUGUGCGGGCAAAGGAUGGCGAGGUGAUGGAGUACACCACCAUUCUGCACCUCCGGCAUGUCACCUUCGCCCACGAAGGGCGUUACCAGUGUAUCAUCACCAACCACUUCGGCUCUACCUACUCCAAUAAGGCCCGACUCACUGUUAAUGUGUUGCCCUCAUUUAUCAAAACUCCGCGCAACAUCACCAGACGGACAGGGACAAUGGCGCGGCUGGAGUGUGCAGCUGAAGGACACCCCACCCCACAAAUUGCCUGGCAGAAGGACGGGGGCACAGACUUCCCUGCGGCCCGAGAACGCCGCAUGCAUGUCAUGCCUGACGACAAUGUCUUCUUCAUUACGGAUGUGAAGAUAGAAGACAUGGGUGUCUACAGCUGCACGGCACAGAACUCUGCGGGGUCUGUGCUUGCAAAUGCCACCCUGACUGUACUGGAGACACCAUCUUUGAUUCAUCCACUGGAAGACCAUGUAGUGUCUGUAGGUGAGACUGUGGCUCUUCAGUGCAAAGCCACAGGGAGUCCACCCCCCCGCAUCACCUGGCUGAAGGGUGACCAGCCCCUGAUCGUGACAGAAAGGCAUCACUUUACCUCCGGCAACCAGCUGCUGAUCGUUAGGAACGUUGUCUUGGAGGAUGCUGGGAAAUACACCUGUGAAAUGUCCAACACUGUGGGGACAGAGCGCGCACAUAGCCACGUGAGCAUCUUGCAGUCUCUUGGCUGUAGGAAGGACCGUACCACUGUGGGGAUCAUCACCAUUGCUGUGGUGUGUAGCAUCGUGCUGACUUCUCUGGUCUGGGUCUGCAUCAUCUACCAAACCAGGAAGAAGAGUGAAGAGUACAGCGUCACCAACACAGAUGAGACGAUUGUGCCUCCUGACGUGCCAAGCUACUUGUCUUCACAAGGGACUCUUUCUGACCGGCAGGAAGGGGUCGUCCGAGUAGAGCACCAACAGCCCAACGGGCACAUAGACAGCAACGAUGGUUUGUUUGUUACAGGUAUGUGUCAGACCGAUGCUGGAAAGUGUCCAGAUGUUGAAGCUCCCACUGUAGGUUGUAGACAGCCAAAGCUGUGUAUCGGCUAUAAUAAAGACACUUGGAAAACCGAAGACAUGGCUGAUGGAAUGCUUGUUCCAGAUAAGACAGGCUACGGCCUGCCAGUGGUGUGCACGGACUGCAGCGGCAGCACGGACAGCAUGAACGUCCACAUUUACCCCAGGGAGUCGGAGUGCUACUCUGAGAGCCUUAAGACUGUGGAGAAUGCCCACCCGCCCGCACUGAGCAGCAAGGAGCGAACGAGGAAGAGGGGUGCAGGCACCAGCCUUCUUCCUCCUCAGCCCUGCAACGGGAUUGCCAGCGGCAAGAGGAUGGAAACGGACGGGACCCUCUACCCCAGCAACCACGACAGAAUAAGACCUGCAAGCACGACCAGCCCGCUGCUUGCAGACGAACGCGGCUCUUCACAAGCAGCAGCCAAGCCGUCAGAGCUGAACAACCUUAAUCUGGUGAGAGCUUCACCGGCAGGAGGGUCAUUAAAGCAACUGAAUGUGCUUCCUGAAAUUUCCCCAACACUACUGGAUUUGCAGAGCGAAGAAGUGGUGCAGCAAGCUCUCCUGUCCAACGGCUACGCGCCCAAGCCGUGCGACUCUGUUCACGAGUUGAAGCCACUGAACAGGUCGCUGGACUGAAAGGACAGGCUGCCAUGUGCAAA